CCAUUUAAAGGAUUGACACUCACAAACUAUAUACAGUGAGGUUUUGUUUUAAUUUGGAAUAUAGCAGUAAUGGAUGAACUAGACAGUUGUGUCGCCCAAAGGGCAUUGGACAAACUGAAUGGAAAAACUACGAAUUGCCAAGAGGAAGCAAAAGAACCAAGAAGAGAUGAUCAUCUACAACAAAAUAUAACAGCAAGAUCCGCAUCUCGUCCUUACGGACCAAAUGAAACAUCUAUCGCCAGAAGAGAAAUAUUUGUAUCACCUAACCACACAAGUGAAUUUAGUCUGAUGGGAGACAUUGAAAGUAGUUAUAUCACCCCUGAUGGAUAUUUUCGACAUAGAAUAGUUCUUAAAUCGACACAAGAAGUGUGGAACUCUGUAUGCUAUGGAAUGCUAGAACUCAGGAAUGAAGACCAGCUUCUCAGUAUCAACAAUGUAGAUACCACAUUACUUUGUCAUGAAGACGCUUUAAGUGUUUUUGAAAAUCUUCCAAGCAAUAACGAUGAAAAUAUCAUAAUGACUUACAGGCGACCAAGCACUAGAAAUAUUGUCGACUUAAGUUUUGAGUUAAACUGUUCGUUAGGUAGCUCUGCAGUUGAGGCACGGAUAAAUAAUGAGUCGUCAGUACCCGAAUCUGACUGGAUAAAAAAAUCUGCAGUAACCAUACAAAAUCGAGGAACAAAUAAAUAUAUGCAAGCACUAGAGAAAAACUGCGUGAUUUUUAAAGAACUUAUAUCGUCUAUUCCAGGACAAAAGCCAAAGGAUUUUCAUAUAUGUCACUUUACAGAGGAGCGUUGGAUAGAAUCUAAUAGUCAUGCAAUGUUGCGACGUUACAUGGAUGAGGAACAUAAGAAAUAUCUACAUGUUACCUGUGACGGAAACAUUAUACUCAGUAGUACAUGUUCCGUCUUCAAAUUGAAAGUAGAAAGUAUGCAUGCUUUCGUCAUUAUAGAAGAGAUAGUUACAGGAAAUAUUCUUUGCCUAGAAGGUUUCAAUAAUUGUUGUGCAAAGUUUGUUCAUCCAACAAAUUAUGCAGCUGACCAUAACUACAUCGAUCACAUGGAAGAAAAAUUCAGAUUUGAGAGGGAUUCCGUACCUUGUUUAAACAAUAAAUUAUGAUGUUAUUGUGUAUGAUGUCUAACGAUGAUCUCGUAAAGAUGAUUGUCUCCCCUGAAUACCAACGACGAAUGAACAAAAAGAGAACAAAACACAACAACGUAUGAAAGUAGUGGAGGCAAAUAUGUUUAUUUUCCUGUUUACUAUUGCUUGUUUAAAAAAGGAAAUAAAGGUGAAAACAUUAUUGUCAAGAACAUACGAUCACUUUAAAAAUUUGUCCAUAAUUCUCCUUUUUAGACUCUUCUGUUGUUGCUCUACGCGUACAUUUAUGCUUACAAUAUAAUGAAUUGCUUAUAAAUAAUAUUUCUAGGGUUGUAUAUUGUUAAUGGUAAGACCAGUAUGACUUCUUAUGUACAAAAAUAUAUCAUUUUGUAUGUGUUGUUUUAAGUAUUAUGUUGUAGAAGAAAAGUUUUGUUUUACUAAUAAAGUUUUGAAUAACAUG